CCAUUAAUCUUCCCAACAACCACACCACCAAAUCCAUAUCUCCAUCCAUCCAACAAUGGAUCCCUCAGAACCCGAAACCUCCCAGCCCCCCAUUUUUAACUACAUCCUCUCGUUCCUGCUAGUCGGGGUAGCCUGGGGCUUCACAACCCCCUUCAUCCGGCGCGCCGCCGCGGACUUCUCCGCCCGCCAGGAACAGCAACAACAAUCACCACCCACCGCCACCACCACCACCAACCAACCAGACAACGACAAUGAUAACGACAAUGUCCACCUAACCCCCAUCACCGACCCCAUCAACACCAACACAAACACCACUAAUAAUGACGAGAACGAAGAAGAGGAAGAAGACCACACUCUACCCCCAGCCCCAGCCACAGCCACACCCCAACCAGCCUGGAUACGCAACCAAACCAGCCCCAAAAGCUGGCUCCGAACAAAACUCACCUCUAUCUUCUGGACAGUAAUCAAUCUUCUUCGCACGCCCGCGUAUUCCAUUCCCCUGGUGGUGAAUCUAACAGGUAGUGUGUGGUUCUUUUUGUUGGUGGGGAAACAUGAACUAUCAUUGACCGUUCCCUUGGCAAAUUCAAGUGCGUUUCUGUUCACCGUGCUCGGGGAAUGGUAUGUAGAGCGGAAGGUGAUUGAGAAGGAGACAUGGUUGGGGAUGGGGUUGGUGUUGGGGGGAAUUGCGCUUUGUGUGGGUUCGAAGGCUUGAAUUUUAGUACUUAAGAUUAGGUAUGUAGGAGGAAUUGGGGGGUAGUGUGUGUUAUUAUUGUUGUCGAAUGGAUUGAUUGUUGGUUAUUUGGCGUAGCUUGUAUACGGUUCGGACGGGAAGAAAAAAUAAAAAGGAAAUUGCUUUGCAU